AUGACUCACGAACAGCAAUCAACCGUCACAAACGUAAUCACCCGUACGGAUUCCCCCUCGCCAUCCGUCAUGGUCUGGGAGAGAAUGACUAUCACACGCGAGGAUGCGGUGAUAGCAGUCAGAGGCCUGAUUGAUACAAUUUGGCAAUCACCAUGGGAUGUCAAUUUGAAUAACAAACUCAGGGAGACAUUUACGGAGCAAAUGGUCAUUGUACUGCCAGCAGACAUAAAGGAGGAACUGACCACUUGGGCAAAGAUGUCCGGAUCCACCUGCGUCGAAGCCUGGCUGGAGAGAGCUACGGAGGACAAGCUGCAACAUACCUGGAUCGAAGUGAGAGAAAACCCACUGUUGUGGUCAAGAAGGGGACCGACGGCCAUCCUUGAUGAGAUGAGACAAGUGAUGGACGUGGAAGGAGUGGACGAGGCCGCCCGUCGACGAAAGAUGCAUCUUCUUAUAGAUCAAAUGCAGGUCUACAUCCCGUAG